CCUCGCUCUCUGCAAUCGUCAACCCAGCCCAGCCCAGGCCACCACCACCACCACCUUUCCUCGCCGGCUUUACCGUCGCGCCCUCCUCCUCCUCCUCCCCUCUCCCCUCCCUCCGCGCAAGCCGAGAACCAAGCAGCCAGCACAUGCAGCCCGCCGGCCGCGAAAUGCACGGCGGCGGGCAGGGGCAGGGGCAGGACGACUUCUUCGAGCAGAUGCUGUCCGCGCUGCCGACGGCCUGGGCCGAGCUCGGCUCCGUCAGGCCCCCCUGGGAGCUCCAGGCGGCCGGCGCGCCCCCGCCCGACGGCGACCCCGCGUUCGACGAGUCCGCCCUCCUCGCCUCCCGCCUCCGCCACAACCAGAUCAGCGGCGGCGGAGGGGACGACAAGCCGCCGCCGGCCAUGCUCCCCCGCCACGGCCUCGAUGGCGGGGGGUUCCUGCCGCUGCCGCUGUUCACUGACCGGUCGCGGGAGGACCUGCAGGGGGCCAACCAGGCGCUGUUCGACGGGUUCGGGGCCGCCGGAAUGCACGCCGCCGCCGCCGCUCAGCCACCGUUCGGGCAGGCCGGCUCAAUGCCGCCGCCAGCAGCGCAGGGCGGGGCGGCGGCACCGCCGCGGCAGCGGCAGCGGGCGAGGAGGGGGCAGGCCACCGACCCCCACAGCAUCGCCGAGCGUCUCAGAAGGGAGAGGAUAGCGGAGAGGAUGAAGGCGUUGCAGGAGCUGGUCCCGAACGCCAACAAGACCGACAAGGCAUCGAUGCUCGACGAGAUCAUUGAUUAUGUCAAGUUCCUCCAGCUUCAAGUCAAGGUUCUGAGCAUGAGCCGAUUAGGCGGAGCUGCUGCAGUUGGCCCUCUGGUUGCUGGCUUGUCAUCAGAGAGCAGCGGAAAUGGAAACGGGACCAGCAGCAGCGGCGACGGCAAUGGCGACGAUGACAAUGGUGGCAGCACCUUGCGGGCGACAGAGCAACAGGUGGCGAGGCUGAUGGAGGAGGACAUGGGCACUGCCAUGCAGUACCUGCAGGGCAAGGGGCUCUGCCUGAUGCCGAUCUCCCUUGCCUCGGUCAUCUCCUCCGCAACCUCAUCGUCGCUCCACUCCGCCACCCGCCCUGCUGGUAAUGCCGGAGGACCCCUGCACGAAGGCGGUAGCCCUGCGUCGCCUCGGUUGGUGAACGGCAUGGGCGCCGAUGGCUCCCGGACCAUCAGGGACGGCAGUGGACAGUGAAGUGGUCGGCUGUUCUUUCAGCCAGGGACAGUUCUUCAGAAGGUUGAAUUCUGGGGCUAGAAUUGCCAGCCAGCUCUACACCCUUUUUCUCUUGGCCUUUAUGUCUGUUCAUAAGAAGAAGAAAUGAUGUGCAAUCAUGCAAACUUUAGCCCUACCUUUUUCUUGCUCUUAUUAUUUAUAUGUGCAAUAGCUUUUCUUCUAAUAUCUCUUUCUCCCUUUUGGGAUAUGAUCGA